GGCUCUGCUUUUGCUGUCUCUCACGCGGUUUGCAGCACAAUGUGUGCCCUCAGCAAGGAUGCUGGUUCUUCAGAGGUGUCAGCACCGGGGCCGGCACCCCACUUCCCUCCCAGAAAUCCCCCUGGGGCUGGUGCAGGAGCAGGGAACUCCCGUCACGCCUGGCCUGCUGUCGUCAGAGGGCCGCCCUCAGCCUUAAGGAGGGGCAGAGUCAGGGACCAGCCUCACUUCCCCCAGCCCUUCUCAGACAGCCCCUGAACAGGCUGCGGCAUCGGGGGUCACACACGCCACCGGGAGGCCAAGGCUGCCUGCAGGGCCGGAGCGCAGGGGUGCGGUCGGAGCUCACUGCAGCCCCAACUUCGUCGGGCCCCCUUCCUGCCUCGGCCUCCCGGGGACCUGGAACUACAGGCACGCAUCACCAGCCCAGCUCGUCUUUUUACAUGUGUUUGUAGAGCCCCAGGAUCAUGAACGGCACCUCCAACACCUGCAACUCCAGCGACAUCACAUGGCCCCCGCCGCUCAGGCUCGGCUUCUACGCCUACUCAGGCGUCCUGCUGGUGCUGGGCCUGCUGCUCAACGGCCUGGCACUCUGGGUGUUCCUCUGCCGCAUGCAGCAGUGGACGGAGACCCGCAUCUACAUGAGCAACCUGGCGGUGGCCGACCUCUGCCUGCUGUGCGCCCUGCCCUUCGUGCUGCACUCCCUACAGGACACCUCGGACACGCCGCUAUGCCAGCUCUCCCAGGGCAUCUACCUGACCAACAGGUACAUGAGCAUCAGCCUGGUCAUGGCCAUCGCCGUGGACCGCUAUGUGGCCGUGCGGCACCCGCUGCGCGCCCGCUGGCUGCGGUCCCCCCGGCAGGCUGCAGCCGUGUGCGUGGUCCUCUGGGUGCUGGUGGUCAGCUCCCUGGUGGCUCGCUGGCUCCUGGGGAUGCAGGAGGGCGGCUUCUGCUUCAGGAGCUCCCGGCACAAUUUCAACUCCGUGGCCAUCUCGCUGCUGGGCUUCUACCUGCCGCUGGCCGUGGUGGUCUUCUGCUCCCUGAAGGUGCUGACCGCCCUGGCCCAGAGGCCACCCGCUGACGUGGAGCAGGCAGAGGCCACCAGCAAGGCCGCCCGCAUGGUUUGGGCCAACCUCGUGGUCUUCGUGGUCUGCUUCCUGCCCCUGCACGUGGCCCUGACGGUGCGCGUCGCUGUGGGCCUCCACGCCUGUGGCCUCCUGAAGACUCUCAACCAUGUCCUCUACAUAACCAGCAAGCUCUCGGAUGCCAACUGCUGCCUGGAUGCCAUCUGCUACUACUACAUGGCCAAGGAGUUCCAGGAGGCGUCUGCGCUGGCUGCGCCUUCCAGCACCAAGGCCCACAAAAGCCAGGACUCUCUGUGUGUGACCCUCACCUAGGAGGCACACUGUGGGUGCUGGGGGCCAGGCCUCGGGGCUCCGGGAGGUGCUGCCUGCCAGGGGAAGCUGGGACCAGCAGCAAGGAGCCCAGGAUCAGCCCUGAACUCGCUGUGCACCCUCUUGGAGCCUUGGGUGGGCAGAGAUGGCCCUCACACAUGCUCUCCCGGGAAGAGAGAGGGACAGGGAUAAGGGCAAGAGGACUGAGGCCAGAGCCAGGCCAACCCGAGACCCCCAGGACGAGGCCACACUCUUGCCACCCCCAGAGCCAGCUCACCUGGCCAGGGUGGGUUCUUGCUGGCCAGGGUGUGGCCUUGAUGACACCUGCCACCACCCCCUGGGGCUGAAAUCAAACUCCCCGCCCGGAGUCA